CGAAUCACAAUUCUCUACUUCUUUGUGGUCUCUCUUCUUUGAAACAUGGCCUUAUACUCACACUCUAGCAUGUUCUGCUUCUUUGCAAUUUUGUUAAUAUUUGGAGAUGCCUCUGCGCAAUUAUCCCCAUUUUACUAUGCAAAGACUUGCCCAAGAGCCCUCUCUACCAUUCAAACUGCAGUGAAUAACGCAGUUGUUAAGGAGCAUCGCAUGGGGGCCUCUUUGCUCCGUCUCCAUUUCCAUGAUUGCUUUGUCAAUGGAUGUGAUGCAUCAGUUUUAUUAGAUGACACUUCAAGUUUUACUGGGGAGAAGACAGCCGGCCCAAACGUCGAUUCUUUGAGGGGUUUUGAAGUAAUUGAUACCAUUAAGACUUCACUGGAGAGUGCUUGCCCUGGAGUUGUUUCUUGUGCAGAUAUCCUAGCUGUUGCAGCUCGUGAUUCUGUUGCCGCCUUAGCUGGGCCUUCAUGGACAGUUCAGUUGGGCAGAAGAGACUCGACCACAGCAAGUUUAUCAGCUGCAAAUAGCGACCUCCCAUCUCCUGCAAUGGACCUGAAAGACCUUAUAUCUACCUUCUCGAACAAAGGGUUUAGUACAAAAGAAAUGGUAGCCCUCUCAGGAUCUCAUACAAUAGGCCAAGCUAGGUGCUUGAUGUUUCGUGGACGUAUCUAUAACGAGACCACCAUAGAUUCAGAAUUUACAAAAUCAACACAAUCAAACUGUCCAAUCACAGGGGGAGAUAGCAGCCUUUCUCCAAUAGACGCCACCAGUCCUGUUAUCUUUGAUAAUGCUUAUUUCAGGAAUUUGGUGAAUAGCAAGGGCCUGUUACAUUCGGACCAACAGCUCUUCAGUGGCGGCUCCACAGACUCUCAGGUCACCACCUAUAGCUCAGGCUUUUCAACUUUCUUCACUGAUUUCGCCAAUGCCAUGGUGAAAAUGGGGAACCUUAGCCCUCUCACAGGAAGCAAUGGCGAAAUUCGUACUAAUUGCGGGAAAAUCAAUUGAACCUUACAACUGAACUAAGUUGUUAAUUUAUAUAGAAUAUGUGGUUUUCCGUGUUUUGAUUCAACCAAUCGCUAUAAUAAAGUGGAGAUCAAAACAUGUUAAAUGAAUUCUGUUAAUGUAAUUUGAUUUUAUAGUUUCUGUUCUUGAAAAAAGUUUGUAUGAAUUGUAAAACAUGAAGUUUUUUUUUCAAUUCUGAAAAAAGAAAGUUAUAAAUAAAUAGUACCUGUUUAUCUAUUUUA